AUGGCAUCAGCGGCUCGCCCAGUUCGUGCUGCGCUCAUCGGGCUGUCUUCCUCGGGAAACUCAUCGUGGGCCUCGGCAGCCCAUCUCCAAGCAUUGCUCACCGAGACUGGACGCUCCAAGAUCGCCAUCACCGCGCUGGCUAACAGCAGCGUUCAGGCUGCAAAGGCCGCCAUGCAGAAGUAUGGACUCCCCGACCACGUCAAGGCAUACGGGUCGCCAGAAGAUCUCGCAGCUGAUCCUGACAUCGAUCUCGUCAUAUGCAACACGCGGGUCGACAAGCACUACGAGACAAUCCUUCCCAGCAUCAAGGCAGGCAAGGACGUCUAUGUCGAAUGGCCAAUCGCCAGCGACAGGAAGCAAAUCGAUGAGAUCGUCGAAGCGGCCAGGAAGAGUGGAUCAAGAGUCGCUGUGGGUUUGCAAAGACGAUGGACACCACCAGCUGCGAAGCUAAGAGAUAUCUUGGAUAGUGGAAAUGGUAGACUUGGGAAAGUGCUAAGCUCAGACGUGCGCGCUUUUGGGGGCACACAUGAUAGGGAGACGAUGCCUACUGGUCUGAAGUAUUUCUCCCAAAAGGAUAUCGGCGGAAAUGCUAUCGUGAUAGGCGUUGGUCACGUGCUUGACAUUGUAGCUUCAGUUGUAGGCCGACUUGACGCACAAUCCAUUCAUUCGAAAUCACAGAUCCAGCGCCCGAACAUCCGCAUUCAAGACCCUCAAACCAAGGAAACGGUUGAAGAAGUAGUCACGGACGUACCCGACUUCCUAGCCGUCCAUGGCACUAUAGCGCAAUCCUCUCUCACCGCCCCAAAUGCAACACUAUCCUUCCUGUUUCGCCGCGGCCAGCCGUUUCCCGGUACGCCAGCUCUGGCAUGGGAGAUAAACUGCGAGUAUGGCGAGAUUCGCAUCACGUCUGCCACGAAUAUGGUUUUCCAAAUGAGGGAAGGAGACGGGCAGGUCGUAAUACAGGUGCACUACUUCGAUACUCAUGAGGUGGAGAAUGUAGACUGGGAUUGGUCUGAGAUGCAGAAGAAGUACCCGUUAUUGGAAGAGAUGUCAUGA